AUGGUAAGCUUCCGCGCCUCCGCGCCUCCGCGCCUGCCGAGCCUCACUGACCGCGCGCCGUUGCAGGUUUCAACCUACUUAUGGCAUAUCCUACUCUUUUUACCCGCCGCCGUCCUCGCCUGCGACGGCUCCAUCAUUGACCCAGACGCCUAUUACACCCGCAACGGCCUCACUUGGACUGAGGGCGCGCUGCGCAUGAAUGAGAUUCAGGUCGUCGGCACGCACAACAGCUACCACGUCGAGGCGGACCCCGCGGAGCAAAGCUUCAUGGCUAGGUUCACGAAUGAUGCUAUUAAUUUCCGCUACUCGCAUUCCGCGCUCGAUGUGCAGCUCGAGUACAACCGCGUCCGCAGCAUGGAGCUCGACAUCCUUGCGGACCCCGACGGCGGUAACUACGCCAAGCCGCUCAUCAGGCGCCUCGUCGGGCUCCCGUUCCCGUCGGAUCCCACGUAUGCCACCAACAGCACCAAGGUGCUGCACGUGCCGGACCUCGACGUCGGGGGCGUGUGCGCCAGCGUGGUGCAGUGCCUGCGCAUCGUCAAGCGGUGGCUGGACGCGCACCCGCGCGCCGUGCCGGUGCCGAUCCUGCUCGAGCUCAAGACGGCCGAGAGCGUGGGCCGCAUGAUUGGCGGCGCCAACGUCAUUGCCUGGAACGACACGGCGCUGCUUGACUGGCUCGACGCCGAGAUCCGCAGCGUCUUCCCCCGCGAGCAGAUGGUCCUCCCCGACGACCUCCGCCGCCACGACCUGCCCACGCUCGAGGCCGCCGUGCUGCAGCGCGGCUGGCCCGACCUCGACGCCGCCCGCGGCCGCGUCUUCUUCGUCAUGGACAAUGGCCCCGUCCACCCCGUGCGCACCGCGUACAUUGACGGCCGCCCCAACCUAGAGGGCCGCGUCAUCUUUACCAAUGCCGCCCCCGGCGACCCCGACUGCGCCUUCCAGAAACACAACGACCCAACCACCGACGACGCCGUCGCCGACAUCCAGAAGCAGGUCGCCGCCGGCUACUGGGUCCGCACCCGCGCAGACGUGCCGCUGGAUACCGUUCUGAGGGACAAGUGCGAUACGGCGCGGCGCGACGCCGCGCUGCGGUCCGGCGCCCAGAUUGUGUCGACGGAUUUUCCCGCGUACGGACCGAGUGCGCGCUGGGGAUGCGACUAUGCCGUGCGGAUGCCGGGCGGCAGGCCCGCGCGGUGCAAUCCCGUCAAUGGCCCGCGAUGGUGUGACGAGGCGUUGUUGGAGCCGGGCGAGUAUAGUCGCAAUUAG